AGCUCCUGCUGCCGCUGCUUUCUCAUUCACUUACAUAUCUUUUCUUUGGCCCGUCGUGUGUGCGGGUGCCGCCUCUCUUUCAAGUACUGCGGACAUUUUCCAUUUGUGUGCCCUGCCCGGCCGCUUCUCCCUGCUUCAUACAUUUCGAAGGACAACUGCGCUUGAAGAAGACUCGCUACUUUCCGUUACUGCACGGGGGGAGUUGUUUGUUUUUUUCUCUUCUCUCUGCCUCCGUUCGUGGAUUGCAGAGCCACCCCCAAUCGGGUGUGCGUUGCAUCUCCCCCACGCACCGCCACAUCUCGUCGGGCCUUUUUCAUUCGUUUAUUUCUAUUUACAUUUAAUUAUUCUAUUUUAUUUGCCGAGGCACUUCAGCGUAAUGGCGGCAUCGCAAGUCGUGGCGGACGCCAACGUGCAGGUCACCCUUCCCUCCGCGUCCCCCGCCUCUGGCGAGUUCGCCGCGGCCCAUGCGCAGCUUCUCCUCAUCGGCGAGGCGAUUCGCACGGCGGUGUCUGACCUCGCCAUCGCGCCUACUCGCCCCCUGCCUCCUCCGUCAUCCCCGCAGCCUCUGUCGCAGCCAGCACCCGGGCAGCAGCCACACGAGGAUCGCGCCGCACCUGCUGCUCCCCCUGCCUCCCGGUCCACAGGUCUCAAGACGCUCUCCGCCUUCGCCGCGGACACCGCCAGGACUCCGGUGAUGAUCACCGCGACGGACCGCCUGGCGGCCCUGCACGACCACCUCCGCCGUGUGCAGUCGCUCAUGAAGGAGUACGAGACGGUAUCGCAGCGCGCCGUCGCGAUGCACCUGCUGCCGCCGACGCCGGCGGGGGAGGGCGAGGAGUUGGAGCGGCCGUCCGCUGCGGCCCCUCCGGCGCCGCCGUCGCCCACGCGGCGCAACAAUUCCCCACCACAACCGCCAUCGUCGUCGUCGCCACGACCUGGUGCUGGUGCCGCACACAACAAGGCGAGCGUAGGUAACAGUACGCAUGUAGGUCCAAAGCCGGCGGAUGCGAAUGUGGAAAGAAAGGAGGGGCCGGGCGGCGGCAAUUCUUCUCCGUCGGCGGCAGGUCCGUCUCUGCAUCAACGACGUGCCCUGGCGAGCGAUGCCGUGUUCUCACGCUUCUGCGGGCUGCAGACGGGUCCGGAGAACCUCCUCCUGCCCUGGGCGACGUCGACGCCGACGACCGCUUCGACGGAUGCCGCGUUCAAACUCACAUCCCACAUGGAUGAACCCCAUGUCGAUUCCUCGCUUUCCCGUCCGGCCAGCCCGUGCAGCUCCUCCAGUCAGACCAGCACCAGCAGCAGUCACCAUCAGGCCUCUGCCGCGCUGCGCCUGGCUCAGCAGCAGCGUCAGCAGGCGGCUGCCACGGCGCCCUUCGCGGCUUACUCGGAGUUUUUUCUACAUCCGCAGUCCCCCGUCACGCCGGCACCGCUCUUCGCGGGGGACAACAAGGCAUCUGCGGUGGACGCGUACCUGUCUUCGCCGGUCGCGGCAGCGGACCCAGUGAACGGCCCCAGCGUCCUCCUCCGUCAGCUGCGCGACACGCAAUCUCAGUUUGAGGCGCUGCGUCGCUGCCGCCUCUUCUCAUACGAAGGUCGGCUGCGCGACCUGCGAGCCACGGCGGCGGCCGCGGAGCGGAACGCCAACGAGACCGAAGGCGAGGCCAAUGAGAAAAAGCGGACGAGCGCAUCAUCGGCCCCCGCGAAGCAAGCGGCGGCCCCGCCGGUGGAGGAGCCAAAGUGGGAGCACACCACCAUGGUGGUGGAGCGCAUGAGCACCGUCCUCACCGCACUGCGCACGCGCUUCAUCUGCGAGUCCCACUACGCCCACUGCGGGACCCCGGCGGUGACCCUCGGCCGACAGCUGCACGCGUUUACGCAGCCGCUGCUCCGGCAGCUCAACGAACUCCUCUCCAACCCCACCCUCGAAGAGGUCGAUCAAGAUCCGCGCGAGAAGCUGCGCCGUAUGAAGUUCGACAUCGAAGAGCUGCAGCAGGCGCAGGCGGACGCUAUCACUAAUGGGGACAUGCAGCGCUCGGAGGAGCUGUACUACGAACAAACAGCGCUGUCCGAAGCGAUGAAGACGCCGUACGAUGAGCUGGAGCAGCUGUUGGAGGAAUACCUCGACGAGUGCGUCACCGCCCCGCUCGCGGCCCUGCAGGAGCAGAAAGACACCGUCACGGCACGCCUGACGCGGCUGAUCGAAGAGCACGCGGCUCGACUGACCGCCGUCGCGCAGGACAUCGACCGGGUAAAAGAAAAGCGGCGUGCGGUGCUGCAGUCCCGCCACCGCCAGCGCAACACCAUGUCGACCUAUCAGCAGGGUUGGAAGAAGCAGUGGCAGGGAAACAGCGAUCAACAAAUGAUGUGCUACCGGGCAAUGGAGCAGCUGGAGCAGCGACUGUCGGGCCUGCAGCAGGCGCAGAGCGUGCUGGUGGAUGAUUGGCUCGCCCACAUGGCCCUGGAGCGACAACGGGAGGAGGACGCGGCGGCCUUCACGUGCUUCGCGGAGGCGCGCACCCAGGCACUGACCGAGGCGCAACGAAAUCUGCAGUCAGUCGUCGACGGUCUGCGGCAAUUCAGUGGGGCUAUUCACUUCAGCUGCGGUCACGCGGAGGCCUUCGCGCGGGACGUCCUGCAGAACCACGUCGGUGAGGCGCAGCUCGCCCUCCGCAAGGACCGCCUGGCACAGUUCCGCGCGCUGUACCUGACGCUCGGCGACUGGCGCUAUAAGAAGUCGCGCAACGCAGCGGAAAUACAGAAGAAAGUGGAGUACUACACGCUGCAGCAGGAGGUCGCGAUGGACGUGCUGAAUCCCAAGGCGAAGGAGUACAGCCAGGCGAAGCAGCAGUGGGAGGCGGCGAAGGAAGAGGCGCUGCUGCAGCUGGAGCAGCUGGACAACCGCAGUCGACUGCAGCUGGAGGCCUUUCGGCCAACGGAGGCACGUCUGCGCGAGGCCGGGGUGGACUUCGUCUCCCCGGAAGAGGAGCUCGAGCAGCGCAAUAUGCAGCGCACCCAGCGGCUGGUGGAGUAUCAGAAGCUGAUUGAGGAAGGGAUCGGCGUGCGUGCGUCAGACGGCAAGAGAGGCAGCGGCACAACUGCUGCAGCAGCAGCUCAGCGUCUGCCAGCGCUCCUGCACAACAGCACAACAGCACCACCGCCACCGCCACCACCAGCAGCAACAACAACAACAGCGGCAGCGCCUACGCGUCCUUACACGUCGAAAACCCACUCGCCCUCGCCACCACAGUUCUUACGCGUAGGGGACAACGCCUCCGAGCCGCGGGCGGUGCGACGGACGAUGUCGUUCACGGACUCCGCCAACACCACGCCCGCGACUUCGUCGCUCGACAGCGACGGGAGAAACGAAGCCCGCUUUGCAUCGACGCUCCCGCCCAUUCUGACCAAAAUGUCGACGCCGCCACGGCUGUGCGCGACCGAGGAGCGCAUUAUGCGGGACAUCUCGAAAACGGCAGGGCUGGGCAACAGCCCUGGCAGUGGAAGGAACCUGAAACGCAAGCAGAUGAAAAAAGAUGUGCAGCGGUAG